GCAUUUGGGAUGAUCACCUCACCUACAUUCGACUCGGAUUCAGUGGGUCAUCGCACAAUCAAGCGAGCGAGAACUCCAUCCAGGCGGUCAUUGAAAUCCGUUCGGUAAGUGCCAGUAGUAAGCUCGCACUUGCAUCGUCAGGAUGGUCAUCAAAAUAGCGCUGAUUCAGUUGAAGAUCGCUGUACCCAAGGAGAAAGCCCUGAAGAAUGCAGUCGACUUGAUUCGGAUUGCCAAAAAGGAAAAGGGAGCAAAUGUGGUGGUACUACCGGAGAGCUUGAACUGCCCGUACAGUGAAAGAAAUUUUAUGGCAAAUGCCGAGGAGAUACCUCAAGGUGAGACAAGUCAGGCGUUGAGCAAAGCGGCGCGAGACUUUGGUGUCUUUGUCGUGGGAGGAUCUAUUGUGGAAAAAUGCUGUGGAAAGCUGUAUAACACAUGUACCGUCUGGGGACCGGACGGAGAGUUAGUGGCAAAGCAUCGUGAGGUUCAUCUCUGCAACACAAACAUCCCAGGAAAGUUGGAGAUGGAAGAAAGCAAAGUUUUUACGGCGGGUGAUAGCUACACAACAUUCUGCGUAGGCGAGACCAAAAUCGGGCUUGGCAUUUGCUGGGACAUACGAUUUCCGGAAUUCGCCAAUGCCUACCGUAAAAAAGGAUGCGAUCUGCUCAUAUACCCGGCAGUUUAUGACGUCUACACAGGGGAACUUCAUUGGGAAUUGCUUGCCAGAUCUCGUGCCUUGGACAAUCAAGUGUUUGUGGCAUUAUGUGCCCCUGCGAGAGAUUCGCAUGCUGAACUGAUUCCUUACGGUCAUUCGAUGGUCGUGGAUCCUUGGGGAAGAGUGAUCCAAAAGGGAACGGAUUUUCAAGAAAUCGUCGUUGCCGACUUAGUGCUCAGGACGUUGCCAGAAGUUAGAGGUCAAAUUCCAGUGCUCAAACAGAAGAGAGACGAUUUAUACGAACUUGUUGUGAAAAAGUAAUCGUGAUAAUUGAACACCGGUUGAUAAUAAAUAGUUUACUUUUAGUACAAUCAAA